UGAGAGAUAGCUUGGUUGUGUCUAGGAGCAGAUAAACAGAUACAACAGAAUGUAGCCCCAGCUGAUGUAUGUCGGCGUGUCCUUAUACCUGUGUCUUAUGGGGCUCCACACUCGCACAUUUGGUGGAGGUGCGGGGUACAAACUACCAGCCGAGUAAGAUAAGUACAAUUUGUGUGCAACACAUUUAGGCCGCGCCACCUAAAGAAAUUCUACCAACCUACUGAAACGGAAUUAAUAUGCCCGCACUUGGGGCAAUGUGCCGGGGCAUUAUUUCCAGUUAUUGAAUAACUCCAGCACAGAACCCCCAGUCCAAAAUUUGGAUUAAAAUCAACUUUAGCUUUCGACGUAGGUGACCUUUAGGUGACCUUUUCUUUUCAUACGGCUGAGCGGGGCAGACAACUGUAUAGACAGUCGAGCACACGGUGUAACCCAAGUCCAUAUGUGCAGCAAGGAUCAAUGCUUCUGUUGCAUCAAUCACGCAGCUUUUAUUAUGUGAUGUCAUGGGCGAACGGUUAAUUAAACAGGUGGCAAACAGAGCAUUGAAUAGAGCCUUAACGUGGGCACAUGUAAUUUAUGAUGUCAUACAUCAUAGCUUGUCUACCUUAAUGUGAACUUGUGCAUGAACAUUUGCAGUGAGAUGUUCAAUGAGAUCUUUGUGAUAGCUAGGGGGGGGGGUCAUGCGACAUCUUUAGCUAGGGUGCUAGGCGACAUCUUUAGCUAGGAUGCUAGGCGACAUCUUUAGCUAGAGUGCUAGGCGACAUCUUUAGCUAGAGUGCUACGGUUACACAAUCAACAGGAUUAACCACUAAGGUCAGACAAUCAUAGGACAAAAGUUCUACCAUUGAUUGGUGAAAUUGGACGAAGCUAAGUGUAGCAAUGAUUGGUGUAGCAAGGAUUGGUGUAGGUGGAUUGGUGUAGCGAGGAUUGGUGUAGCAAUGAUUGGUGUAUCAAACUAAAUAUAAUGCCCCUGCAAAAAUGUUGGGUUGACUACAGAUAAUUACACUGCCAUUGACUGUAAGCUAAAGCGUACAGUCCCACUUCAGGUUAGGAUAUGAAAAGAACGUAUUGAAUAUUAAAAUGAAAAGACCUCGGCCUAGGACGUCGGCUGGUGAAACUGUUUUCGGUCUAGCAAUGGGAUUGAAUUUAUAAACAAGAUUGUUUACUGCUUGCUUGAACCACAGCUAUGGGUAAAGGUCAUAUCCCGCUAAUCAUGUCGAGCUUUAGAUCCCACAUACACGCCGGGUUAAUUCACUGAAGAUAAACUACAAUUCUUAAUAAAGUUUUACAGUAGUAAAAAUGUGCAACUAUUCAACAGUUUUACAAUCGACAAAAAAAUUAUAAAUUCUUGGCACUAAGACUAAAGAACAUUUCACCAGCCAAGGUGAAGUUCGUCGAAUUUUAACUGGAUCUGAAUGUUAUAACCUUGACCUUUCGACCGUUUGGAUUCCAUCCAGAUAUUUUUUUUGCAAACAUUCUGUAACAGAGGGUAGGAUGUGGAGCGACGGCCCCAGGGUCAGGCCGCUACUCUACCCCCUCGGCGUGUUUGUGGCAUGGACUUUGACGUCAUUCCUGUGCCAUGAGUGUGCUAAGUUCUUUCUGGUGAGCACAGAGAAGGACGUGCGACACGUGUACACGGACACCGUGUCGUACCUGCACAUCUUCUCCUCGUGUGUGCUCACCUCCAUGCAGUGUAUCAUGUGUUUUGCGACCUUGAGAUUAAGUCACGUGACAAGCGGACACCAGGUGGCGCUUCUGGUCAUCACGCACGUGUUGUCUACCCUGGCGACCAAUUACAGCAUGACCUACAUUGAAGCAUCGUCUGUGUUCGCCAUCAAACUUCUGGAACCUGUUACAAUGGCUGUGGCCCAUUACGUCAUCAUCGAGGCGUCACUCAAUGUGGAAACUGUCGUCAGCAUCCCCGUCAUUAUAGCAGGGACCUUCAUCUUUACAGGUACAUCUAGCGUGGAGUCAGUAGGUACAUCUAGCAUGGAGUCAGCAGGUACAUCUAGCGUGGAGUCAGCACACAGGUAUGGCGUCAUGCUGGCACUCACCUCCAACGUUCUGCUGACCGCCAGAAACAUCACGCUCAAGCAGAUCCAGGUAAAGGACACCAUCGUCUUCAACAGCCCACUCUACUUCACCUGCUUGCUGCUAGCACAGACGGGCGUCCUCGCCAUGGUUGCUUGGAUACAUGCUGAUGACGCGUUUCCUGUUUCCUUGACACUGGUAUACGGAGCGCUGGUCGCUUCCGGCGUCUGUCACGUGGUGUAUAAUUAUAUCUCCACAUGUGUGGUGCUAAAGGUGAUGAACGUGGUGAGUCACUCUGUGGCCAACAUUUUCAAACGUCUGAUCGUGGUCCUGUUGCUGUACGGCUGGGGACGACGUCAGGCCACCUGGUUCAACUUUCUCGGUUUACUCGUGGCCACACUCGGAUUGGCCAUCUACGUGCGCGGGAAAACCCGAAAACCUCCGCACAUUUCAUCGUCUGCUACAUCGGAGGGAAUCUUUCUAAAGAACAUCCAGUGGCUGAAGUCCAGAAAGAUGUUUUGGAUGGUGAUGGUGUGCUGCUGUAUUGUGACAACCAUCAUGCACACGUCCAUGUUGUCACGGCCAUUCAUCUUCAAGCCGGAAACCGGCACCGGAGAGCCGGAAGAAUUUUUAUCGUUGCGACUACUGCAGCGCCCCCUGGAGACCAACACAAGGGCAGUUACACUGAGGAAAACACACGAUCUCGUCAACGAGAUCCAACGGGUUUUGAUCAACUUGUUGACUGACGUCAUCGGCAACGCGAGUCACGUGAUGCUGAUGGAGAUCGCGACGUACGAGAACAAGGGGGACCCGGCCAUUACCGCAGGGGAGGUUAUGCUGCUGAGGAAAAUGAACAAACGAAUCGUCUACUACUGCGAGACCUUCAAGUGUAAGCGGCCAGAGGAAAUGGCACUGGCACGCAACAUCAGCAGACGAUAUGACGUCACAGAUCUGGUUAUUUUAAUGCAGGGUGGGGGUAACCUGGUGGGGUACCCGUUUGUAGACACCGUGAGAGAGUCCAUCUUGAACCAGUUCCCCACACACAGGGCCAUCCUGCUGUCUCAGAGCAUCUGGCUCCACCCCGGCUCUGAAGACAGCCUGGCCAACAGUUCACGCAUCUACUCCAACCGCUCCAGUCUCUACAUGUUCAUACGGGAUAGACAGUCUUUAGAGAUUGCUCGAACUCAUUUCCACGGGGUUCAUCUCAUUCUAGCGCCGGAUAUGGCGUUUGGUUUGGGCUCUAUGCCGCGUGUCAUGCCUCCUUAUUACGACAUUCUGUGGCUUCAAAGAACGGAUAACGAAACAUCGCACUACGCCCUUCCCACCUUCCCCCCACACGUCUCCGUCAUGGUGUCAGAUUGGCGCAGGGAGUGGACGUCAAACAUCGGAUCACGUGACCUGGAGACGUCAUUUAUUAUUGCACAAAGCGGCCUUGACUUUCUGCAGCGGGGGCGUGUGGUGGUCACUGACCGCCUACAUGGACAUAUUUUGUCCACUUUGAUGGACAUUCCGCAUGUCCUCAUUGACAACCCGCCCUACUUCAAGCUCUCGUCCUUUGACAGAACCUGGACCGCCGGGUUGGACAACACAAGGUUGGUUCACGACGGUCAAGAGGCGUUGAACGAGGCACUGCUAAUGCUGGAGAAAUACAACGCGACGUUACCGAUAGUUGGCCCCAUCGACAUGAACGCCUUCCCUGCCAUUACAACAACGACGCGACGCACGAAGGUUCAAUUCGCUCGAAAAAAACAUUAAAUGUUGCCAAUUUACAUCAUCUUAAACUAGAUGAGCGGACCAUAAAUUUUGUGCUCAAAUUGACACAAUGUUUACACAUUUUUGGCUUUAAUGAAAAUCUGUUUGUUAUUAGGUUCCAACAAUAGUAUCAAUAUGCUUACCAGAUUUUCUAGCUGGAGAACUUAAUCAAUUUAUUUACAGAAAAUACAAAAAUGUGAUAAACUAGAACUCAGCUUUUUUUUGGAGGGAGAAAAGAAAAACAAAAAUAAUGUUUUAUUUAAAAAUUGAAACUAGCAUCAAAACAAAAUGAAUAACUUAUACUGAGCUAUUUAAGGCCUUAAAUAUUUCAUACAAAUUAUUUUUUCCCACGUUUUCUUUAGCUUGCUUUCGCGUCUGUUUUUCCAAUCAAAUCUCGGGAUCGAAAUUUCGGGCACUUCCCAGUUAGCUAGCGCGCUAAAAUUUUCAGGGAAGCUUUGUUUCCGAUGACAAUACAAUAUUCAAUUGUUAUUAUUACUAAAUUGAUCCAUGGAAACAUUUUAUUGAUCAUUUUAGACCGCUAUAUAUUUGUACAAAAAAAACGUGUAAUUUGAUGAAAACAAGGUUCGGUACUCUCCCUCUUUUGGCUUACUGAGUAGUGUUCACGUCGUGUUUGUGUACAAACAACCGGAACAAGUGGUGGCCAGUAUGGGGGAGACGAUAUGGUCGAGUGGUUGGGCACACGAUUGCUAACCCACUCGACACGGGUUCAAGGCACGUGUUUUUUACGAGUUGUCUUCGUUUACCCAAAACAAAAAAGUGAAUGCGAAAAGAUAAAAUCGAUAGCAAGAUUUUAAUGCAAACAAACAGACAAAGACUAAAAAGUAGAAAAUAAUUAUCAUUAAAAAAGUUUUUAAAAACCCACGUUUUCUGAUUGAACAAAAAAGUAGAAAAUAAAU